UAGAAAGCAAUUGAUAUUGUUAGCAAGGCGUGAAAUGCAGACACUUGGCAGUUCAGUUUGAGAUUGUCGACGGGUUGCUGAAAAUCAUACUCGCCAUUUGCUGAGACAGUUGCCAUUGGCAAACUUAUAUUUAAAUAUAUAAUUUCGUUACAUUACAAUUCGAUUAUAUUUGUGGAAAUCAUUAAAAUGUAUUGAAGACAACGCGUUAAUCUCCACUUCUAUAUUUAUGUGUACAAGCUGAAAUCUUUUAUAACAAAGUUCGUCACUUUAUAUAACCUGUGAAGAAGCUGUUCGACAGAAAUUAGAGCAACAACAAAAUGGGCAUUCCGGAUAUACGUCAGUUGAUCACCCUGGAAUUUGAGGUGUAUGGACAUGUACAAGGCUUAAACCUUACAAAGGAUACGCGGGAUCGCUGCGUCAAGGCAGGAAUCACCGGUUGGGUGAAAAACACAAAGCAAGGCACAAUUGUGGGCAAAAUGCAGGGUCCCAAAAUCGAGGUGGACAAAAUGAUCACCUGGCUGUCCAGCGAGGGAUCGCCUGGCUGCGAAAUCGAGCGCUGUGAAUUGCGAAAUCAAAGCAAUUUGAAUCGACUGGAUUACAAGGACUUUGCAAUUAGAUUCUAAAUGUUGUACGAGUUUUUCUAUGUGUGUUUUUUUGUUAUGUGAAACUAUAUUUUGAUAAGUUUGUAAAUACCAAUAAAUGAACAUAAGCCCGUAA